AUGCUCCGUCGGCGCCAGGUCAACACCCAGAGCUCCUUCUUCGUUAACCGGCUGGCCACCAGCGACUUCGCCAGUGCCAACGACAUCGGGGCGGCAUUCUACGCCUCGCUCGUCUGUCGCUCGAACUUCCUCGGUUCCGUUCGUUUCAGCUUGGACGCCCAGGUGGAAGCGCUCGGCUGCCCAUCUGUCUUCUUCACCUUGUCGCCCGUGGACCUCCAGUGGGAGAGCCUGAUGCGGUUGAUGCUGCGGUAUGACGAGUGGCUGGCGGUCAAUAACGACGGGAGGUUGAAGAUCGCUCGCGCUAACCUUAAGCGAUAUUCUCACAUAGCCUCCAAGCCCGUGUCUCCGCGUUCCUGGGUCAAGCCUUGA